CUAUUUCCUAGUACACAGACGCUAGUCUUCUUCCAGGUUACCGUACUGCGAUCUGUGUCCCUGCGGAGCGGAGCAGGAGUCGCGCAGGGAGACUUUCUCCACAAAUAAAGCCCUACUACCGAGCGCUGGAGCUCCUGCAUGGGACUGCAACGGGUUUGCACGACCCCCAGCCCCCCGUACUGUGGUGGAGAUAGAAAGCAGGCCAGCUAGCAGCAACGGUCUGCACUCCUCCUCUCCCUCUCUCUCUCUCUCUCUCUUUCUUUCUAUUUCUCUUUCUAUUUCUCUCUCUCUCUCACUCUCUCUCUAUCUAUCUAUCUCUCUCCAGCCGGCUGGACCGAAGCGAAGGGCUUAACGCUGCUGCUGCUGCACGCCAACUUCACCACUCCGGCACAGUUACUCUGAUUUCGGUGCUGCUGGGGGAUUUCUCGCUGGACCUCCGCAGUUCGGAUCUGGGAUUUGAAGCUGGCUGGGGGUGGGGGGGGGUAUAAUCCUGAAAUAUUCUGACCAGUAAACCCCCCCGCCUGCCUCCUGGGUUUGGGUUUACACACGCUGGUGGUUUGUUUUAUUUAAAUUGAGUUGUUUUUUUUUAUUAUAAUUAUUAACUUUUGCUGAUUCGUCGUUAAGAAGCCCCGUUUCUCCAUCUGUACCAACUCCUGCCCGCCUCUCUCGCUCGGCUCCGCGGCUUUAGCCCUGUCCGCUGUACCGUUAGCUCCUCUCCCGGAGCCCCGCCAUGCCCGGCCCGGUGGCCGGCAGUAAAGCCCGAGUGUACGCCGAUGUGAACACGCUGAAGAGCCGGGAGUACUGGGAUUAUGAGGCUCACGUGCCCAGCUGGAGUAACCAGGAGGAUUACCAGCUGGUGCGAAAGCUCGGCCGGGGGAAAUACAGCGAGGUGUUUGAGGCGAUAAACAUCAACAACAACGAGAAAGUGGUGGUGAAAAUCCUGAAGCCUGUCAAGAAGAAAAAGAUCAAGCGAGAAAUAAAGAUUUUGGAGAACCUACGAGGGGGAACCAAUAUUAUUCGUCUGGUGGACACUGUGAAGGACCCAGUGUCUCGAACGCCCGCGCUUGUCUUUGAGUGCAUCAAUAAUACUGAUUUUAAGGAGCUGUAUCAGAAGUUAACAGACUUCGACAUUCGUUUUUACAUGUAUGAACUACUAAAGGCCCUGGACUACUGCCACAGUAUGGGGAUCAUGCACCGGGAUGUGAAGCCCCACAACGUCAUGAUUGAUCAUCAGUUGAGAAAGCUGAGACUGAUAGAUUGGGGUUUGGCAGAGUUUUACCAUCCUGCACAAGAAUAUAACGUCAGAGUGGCGUCCCGCUACUUCAAGGGUCCAGAGCUGCUGGUGGAUUACCAGAUGUAUGACUACAGUUUGGACAUGUGGAGUCUGGGCUGCAUGUUGGCCAGUAUGAUAUUCCAGAAAGAGCCCUUCUUUCAUGGCCAAGACAAUUAUGACCAGUUGGUAAGGAUUGCCAAAGUUCUGGGGACAGAUGAGCUUUUUGGCUACCUGCGCAAAUACCACAUUGAACUGGAUCCUCGGUUCAAGGAUCUGCUGGGCCAGCAAACACGGAAGCGCUGGGAGCAAUUUGUCCAGACAGAGAAUCAGCACCUGGUCAGUCCAGAGGCUUUAGACCUGCUGGACAAACUGCUGCGCUAUGACCAUCAGCAGAGACUGACUGCCACUGAAGCCAUGGAGCACCCCUACUUCUACCCUGUGUUAAAGGAACAGUCUCUUGCCAAUGCAGACAGCACUGUAGGAUCAGGAGGAUCUAAUGCAGCUCGGUGAAAGCGGAAAUAUGAGAAGAACGUGUUACCUCAACUUUUUACCCCUUGUGGCAAAAACCUCUUAAAGUGUACAGUGGAAGAUGGAUCAAAGCAGCGUUGACCAGUUAACACCUUUCUCUCUGCGUGGCACAGUCCUGCAUACACUUGUACACAAAACCACACCCACAACACAAACACACGUUGUCUCUCUUCGUGUCAGUCAAGGAUGGUCUGCCCCCUGUAACUCUGCAGGCUCCAGACCCUGUAGGAUUAAAGGUCAUAAAGAUGCCCCGCCCCUUUUUAUCUUUAGGUGAGAAACUGAAGGAAUAUACGUCGCUCAAAUAUAUCCCACCCACAAAUACUCUGACCCCUCCCUCCUCCCUGAAUACUCUCAUCCCUCCCUCCCAACUCCACCAAAUACUCUAGCCCCUCCCUCCUUUAAUUACGCAUGGAGAGUGAAGAGCAGAUUAAGCCCCUCCCACCCCUCCCCCCUCCCUCCCUUCCUCAUUGGUCUGUUUGUCUGUCUGUCAGUAUUCAGACCCCAGUGUGGUGUCUAUGCACCGCCGUACAGAAGUGGCAUGGUGGACCUGUUUUUUUAUUUGUUUGUUUUUGUUUUUGUUUUAUUUUUUCUCUAGGUAGAAUGAUAUUAAUGACAAUAAAUGAGUUUUAUUUAGA